AUGGUAGAGGAGGAGGUGCAGGAGGCCUGGUCGGGUCAUGAGGAGGUGCAGGAGGAGGUAGAGGAGGCCUGGUUGGGUCAUGAGGAGGUGCAGGAGGAGGUAGAGAAGGCCUGGUUGGGUCAUGAGGAGGUGCAGGAGGAGGUAGAGGAGGCCUGGUUGGGUCAUGAGGAGGUGCAGGAGGAGGUAGAGGAGGCCUGGUUGGGUCAUGAGGAGGUGCAGGAGGAGGUAGAGGAGGCCUGGUUGGGUCAUGAGGAGGUGCAGGAGGAGGUAGAGGAGGCCUGGUCGGGUCAUGAGGAGGUAGAGGAGGCCUGGUCGGGUCAUGAGGAGGUGCAGGAGGAGGUAGAGGAGCAUGAGGUAGGCCUUGGCGGUCUUGUCUCAGAAACAACCAAAGGAAAGAAGGAAGACCAGGAGACGUAA